AGGGAGGUUGUGUCUCUGGAUUAGAUGGCCAAGAAAGGCCUCACUGAGAUGACAUAAGCUGAGCCCUGAAGGAAAAACAGUAUUCCAGGCGAGGAUGCAAGUGCAAAACCCUGAGGCAAAAACCUCUUUGGGAUGUAUGAUGAACCCAAGGGAGGCCCAUGGGGGUUGAACAUAGGAGGCAAGGGGAGAAAGCCAAGAACUGAAGUCCCAAAUUAGGAGAGAGGGCAGGAAGUAGAUCUUGCAGAGCUGCUAGGCUGCAGCUUCAGACCUAGUAUUUUCAGUGCCAGAGGAAGCCACAGAGCUGCUCUCGUGCAAGGGAGUAAUAAUGUCUGAUGUACACCUUUGAGACUCUUGGCUGCUCCUGAGGGUUAAAAGCGGGAGUAAGUCCAGUGAAAGGCCGCUGCAGUUACCCCCAGGGGAGGUAAUGCAGUCUGGAUUCGGAUGGAGAGAAGCUGUCUCUGGGCAGUAUUUCAGGAGUUGAGCCAACUAGUGGAAAUAUGGGAACUAGGAAUCCAUGAGGAGGAGCAUCGAGUGAGCCAAGAUGCAGGAGAAGCUGGUGGGGGGUCAGGGUUACCUGACUUGAAGUUCGAGGAGUCUAGGCCAAAGGAGUCCGGAGCUCAGGAGAGACUCGGGAGCAGCAGCCCGUUGUGAAGGACAAAGGUCUGGGAAUCUAACGAGGCUGCUAUUGGCAGCCCGGCAGGGGAAGCGGGCAGGGAACCGGUCCCGACCCUGGGCAAGCCGCCGGCGGGGGCGGGGCCCGGGCUGCAUUGCGCAGGCGCAAGCGAACCCGUUUCCAUGGCGACGACGACCCACGCGCCCCAACUGCCCCGCAACUGUCCCGUCCCAGACUUCGGCUCCGCAGGAGUCCGUCGUCCCCGAGUGUGUCGGCACCCCAUCCCGGCUGCUGCCCGAGGUCAGCUGCACCCUGGUCCCAACAUGGGCGACCUGGAGCUGCUACUGCCCGGGGAAGCUGACGUGCUGGUGCGGCGUCUGCGCAGCUUCCAGCUACGCGAGAUGGGCUCCGAAGGGUGGAACCAGCAGCAUGAGAACCUGGAGAAGCUGAACAUGCAAGCCAUCCUUGAUGCCACGGUCAGCCAGAGCGAGCCCAUUCAGGAGCUGCUGGUCACCCAUGGGAAGAUUCCAACGCUAGUGGAGGAGCUGAUCGCAGUGGAGAUGUGGAAACAGAAGGUGUUCCCCGUGCUGUGCAGGCUGGAGGACUUCAAGCCCCAGAACACUUUCCCCAUAUACAUGGUGGUACACCACGAAGCCUCCAUCAUCAACCUCUUGGAGACGGUGUUCUUCCACAAGGAGGUGUGUGAGUCAGCGGAGGACACCGUCUUGGACCUUGUGGACUACUGCCACCGCAAACUGACUCUGCUGGUGGCCCGGAGUGGCCGUGGUAGCCUCCCUGAGGAGGAGGGGUCCCAGGACAGCACCCCUAUGCAGGAGCUGCAGAAGCAGGCAGAGCUGAUGGAAUUUGAGAUUGCACUGAAGGCCCUCUCAGUACUGCGCUACAUCACAGACUGCGUGGACAGCCUUUCCCUCAGCACUUUGAGCCGCAUGCUCAGCACCCACAACCUGCCCUGUCUUCUGGUGGAACUGCUGGAGCACAGUCCCUGGAGCAGGCGGGAAGGAGGCAAGCUGCAGCAAUUCGAGGGAGGCCGCUGGCAGACAAUGGCCCCCUCAGAGCAGCAAAAGCUGAGCAAGUUGGACGGGCAAGUGUGGAUCGCCCUGUACAACCUGCUGCUAAGCCGUGAGGCCCGGGCCCACUACUGCCUCACAAGCUUUGCCAAGGGACAGCUGCUCAAGCUUCGGGCCUUCCUCACAGACACACUACUCGACCAGCUGCCCAACCUGGCAGACCUGCAGGGUUUCUUGGCCCAGCUGGUCCUAGCCGAAACCCAGCCCCCUAAGAAGGACCUGGUUUUGGAACAGAUCCCAGAAAUCUGGGAGCGGCUGGAGCAUGAGAACAGAGGCAAGUGGCAGGCUAUUGCCAAGCAUCAGCUUCGGCAUGUGUUCAGCCCCUCAGAGCAGGACCUGCGGCUGCAGGCACGAAGGUGGGCUGAGACCUAUAGGCUGGAUGUGCUAGAGGCAGUGGCUCCAGAGCGGCCCCGCUGUGCCCACUGUAGUGCAGAGGCCUCCAAGCGCUGCUCUAGAUGCCAGAAUGAGUGGUAUUGCUGCAGCCCACCUGCCUGCAGAGAUUGCCAAGUCAAGCACUGGGAGAAGCAUGGAAAGGCUUGUGUCCUGGCAGCCCAGGGUGACAGAGUCAAAUGAGAGCUGCAGUUGCUGAGAACCGACCACCCAUGCCAAGGGAACCCACCCAGAAUGCACCCCUGAACCCCAGGAUUUCAGUCCAGGCGCUGCCAGUGCCUCAGACUCCCCUGGUGGUGAGCAAAGCGGGAGGAUAGAGCUGCUGACCCAUCCCCCUCUCCCCUCCCCACUCCCGAAGCGAAGGCUUUCGACUUCCUGCCCCACCCGGCGGGUAGGCGGAGGAUGCUGCCUCAGCAAACUGGGGCAAGAGAAGGGCAAGGGCCGGAUGUGGGGACCCUCUUCCUCUAGCACAGUAAAGCUGGCCUUCAGAAACA